AGCCUGCACCCUUCCAGCUUCACUUGCAAGCCAGAGGAGCGGAGGGGAAAGCCUGCGUGUCCCCUCCACCCUUUGGGGAAGCCCCCAGCCAAGGCAGAUCCUCGCCACCCCUCCAAAAACCAAGCCAGGCUCGGGCUCCACGCCUCGGGGGAGCGCGCUGCAAUGCCACACUGACCCGGGGAUCACCCCCCUCCUGCCCGCUGGUCCAAGGGAGGAGGAGUGGUGGCAGGAGGGUGGGGGGGAAGAGAAAGGCAGCUCGCAGGCCAGGCUGGGAGUUGUAGUCCGGGGGGUGGCGGCUGUGCUGGCCCGCGCCGCCUGCAAAGACUACCUUGCCCACAUGGCCUCGCGCCCGGGCGCAUGAGCUCUCCACCGCUUUAGCGCAUCUAUUAUGCUGCCUUGCCGAGGCUAAAAAGAAGAGCAACUGGAGGGGACUAUCGGGCAAACGUUGCUGGAGCCGCCGGGGCAAAAGUCAGGCAAGGACUUUGAUUAUUUGGACUGGACUGACCUGGGAGUGGUAUGAGAAAGGCCCUGCCCUUAAGAGCUUUACGGUUGCAUGGUUGGACCCUGGAAAUGGGAUGUCCAUCCCAUUCAGGGAACAUAAAGGAAGAAAGAAAAUCUCCUAGCUGGUGCUGCAGCCUCCGCAACCGGGAGUGAGAUCCGGAGGUGGGAACAUGUCGACGGUCACCUCAGCGAUCCAGGCUCCUCAGGGCCCCGUCAAUCCACCGCCCCCAGAAGUCACCAACCCCAACAAGCCUGGGCGGAAAACCAACCAGUUGCAGUACAUGCAAAAUGUAGUGGUGAAGACCUUGUGGAAGCAUCAGUUUGCUUGGCCCUUCUACCAACCCGUGGAUGCAAUUAAGUUGAACUUACCAGAUUAUCACAAAAUAAUCAAAAACCCGAUGGACAUGGGGACGAUCAAGAAGCGGCUGGAACAUAACUAUUACUGGAGUGCCAGUGAAUGUAUGCAGGAUUUCAACACAAUGUUUACAAACUGUUAUAUCUACAACAAGCCCACAGAUGACAUCGUCCUCAUGGCUCAAGCCCUGGAGAAGAUUUUUCUGCAGAAAGUGGCCCAGAUGCCUCAAGAGGAAGUUGAAUUGUUGCCGCCGGUUCCAAAAGGCAAAGGUCGCAAGCCAGCAGCAAGCGGACAGAGUGCAGGAGCACAGCAGGCAGCAGCCGUGUCCUCUGUCUCCCCGCCGGCCCCUUUCCAGAACGUCCCUCCCGCCGUGUCGCAGACGCCGGUUAUCGCUGCCACGCCAGUGCCAACCAUCACUGCAAACGUCCCGCCUGUCACUGCCCCUCCCGCCGCCGCUCCCCCUCCUCCCGCCGCGCCGAUCAUGCCGGUGGUUCCUCCGACGCCACCGGUAGUCAAGAAAAAGGGAGUGAAGCGAAAAGCAGACACGACCACCCCCACCACGUCCGCCAUCACUGCCAGCCGGAGCGAGUCGCCCACGCCGUUGUCCGACCCGAAGCAGGCGAAAGUGGUCGCGCGGCGCGAGAGCGGCGGCCGACCCAUCAAACCACCAAAGAAAGACCUCGAGGAUGGGGAGGUCCCGCAGCACGCGGGGAAGAAGGGCAAACUCUCUGAGCACCUCAAGUACUGUGACAGCAUCCUCAAGGAGAUGCUCUCUAAGAAACACGCUGCCUACGCAUGGCCCUUUUACAAGCCUGUCGAUGCAGAGGCCUUGGAAUUACAUGACUAUCACGAUAUUAUCAAACACCCUAUGGAUCUCAGUACUGUUAAAAAAAAAAUGGACAGCCGGGAGUACCAGGAUGCUCAGGGCUUCGCAGCGGAUAUUCGGUUAAUGUUCUCUAAUUGUUACAAGUACAAUCCUCCAGACCACGAAGUUGUAGCCAUGGCCAGGAAGCUCCAGGAUGUCUUUGAGAUGAGAUUCGCAAAGAUGCCGGAUGAGCCUGCGGAGCCACCCCCGCCGCCGCCUCCGACGGCACCGGUGGUGAGCAAAAGCACGGAAAGCAGCCACAGCAGCGAGGAGAGCUCAUCGGACUCGGACACCUCCGACUCCGAAGAGGAGCGAGCGACCAGGCUGGCUGAGCUCCAGGAGCAGCUGAAAGCCGUCCACGAGCAGCUUGCAGCCCUGUCCCAAGCACCAGUGAACAAACCAAAGAAAAAAAAAGAGAAGAAGGAGAAAGAGAAGAAAAAGAAAGACAAGGAUAAAGAGAAAGAAAAAGAGAAGCACAAAGUGAAAGCGGAGGAGGAGAAGAAGCCUAAGGUGGCCCAGCCAGCAAAGCAGACCCAGCAGAAAAAAGCACCAGCUAAAAAAGCGAACAGUACGACCACAGCCAACAGGCAACCCAAGAAAGGCGGCAAACAGGCAUCAGCAACCUACGACUCGGAGGAGGAGGAGGAGGGUCUGCCCAUGACCUACGACGAGAAGCGCCAGCUCAGCUUGGACAUCAACCGCCUACCGGGCGAGAAGCUGGGCAGGGUGGUGCACAUCAUCCAGUCGCGGGAACCUUCCCUCAGGGACUCCAACCCCGACGAGAUAGAGAUAGAUUUUGAAACCUUGAAGCCCACCACUUUGCGGGAACUGGAGAGAUACGUGAAGUCUUGUUUACAGAAAAAACAAAGGAAACCGUUCUCUGCAAGUGGGAAAAAGCAAGCAGCAAAGUCUAAAGAGGAGUUAGCUCAGGAAAAGAAGAAAGAGUUAGAAAAACGGUUACAGGAUGUCAGCGGGCAGCUAAACAACAACAAGAAACCUGCUAAAAAAGAAAAAUCGGGCUCUGCUCCCUCCGGAGGCCCUUCCCGUCUCAGCAGCAGCAGCUCCUCAGAAUCCGGAACCAGCAGCUCGAGCGGCUCCAGUUCGGACAGCAGCGAUUCGGAGUGAACGACGGACACUUAAAAAAAACAAAACCCAUGGACACGGCCCACACCAAUACACUGCAGUGUUCCCUUCUCUGGUUAACAUACUGCUCUUGUACCACGGUGGUCAGGUUUUUUCCUCUUUCUUUUUUUUUUUUUUUUUAAAUUUUUUUUCCCUUUAAAUCAGCAUUAUAAAAUAUCUUCCCUUCCUCCCUCCUUCCCCCCGCCGCACCCCUUGCUUUUUAAUAGAUCAAAGAUCCUUUUAUGCACGCGUGCGUGUGACACUAGACUUUACAACGAGUCGGUCACUCGGCGUAAAGUCUCUAAAUAUUUUUUAACUGAGAACGGUCACUUGGAAGUGACUACAACUUUGAACUCCUGACGCGAGGUCCGUUGAGAAAUCGGCAAGGUGUAGUAUACAGGGUUUUUUUUAGUUGUUGCUUUUAUUUUCUUUUAAUUUUUUUUGGUUGAUUUUCGUUUGUUCUGUUUGGCAAAGUUCUCGUUGAAUGCACCCCAGCCUGGCUCACUACGUCACAAGGAAAAAAAACACAUUUUUUUUUUUUUUUUUAAAAGAGAAAUCUCUGUAAAAUGGUACUGUAUCUGAAAGAUGUUAGCUUUUGAACUAGUUGGUGUAUUUGUUAUUAGCACUAGUAUUCUUAAUCUCCAAGUCUACAGUGUGAUGAAAAUGUCAGACGCUAUCAUCUUUUUACAUGGAAAAAAAAACCUCAUGUACUGUGGAUUGUUAAAAUGUAAUUUUUUUUUGUUGUUGGGGAGGGAUAUAGAGGCUUAGGCAUCAAAUCAGGAAGGCAUUUAAGCAUGUGCUGAGCUUUUGAACACUUGAGCAGCUGAUCUGGUUGGAUUUUUUUUUUUUUUCCUGCCUUGAAAAGUCCCAUGUUUUCUAUGGUAGUAGGGAAGGAAAUAAUAUUUUUGAUGGGGUUUUUUUGUUCGUUUGUUUUUUACUGGAAAAAAAGAAAAACCCUUUUCAAGGAAGGGCAGCGGACUGCUUGCAAACGGUCGUUUCACCAAAACCCAGGUUCCCGUUGCAAAGUUUAUAAGCAAUUGUAGCAGCCCAUACAUGACUAUAGCGGCAAACAAUACAACUCAUGUGCUCAAAAUCAGACACGUGCUUAAAUACCUUCUCCAAAUCAGGGGCCUUAGACUGGGUUUUAUAAUGGGGGCGUUACAGCUUCAGCCCAGGCUAAGCCACUUGGGGAAUUGGGGAGGGAUGUCAAAUUCUUUUUUUUUUUUUUCCUAUCUUUUUAUCGGCAACAAGCUCCUGGGAGGGAACGCUAUACUUCUGUGUCGUGCAGGGUGCAGGUUUCCAAACACUGAAACUUUUACCUCAAGGGAGAAAAGAAAAAAAAUAAAUAAAAAAAAGAAAAAAAAAAGAAAAGCAAGAAAGAAAAAAAAAAAAGCAGGGGUGGGAGGGGAGAAAAAGAAGAAAAGAAAAAAAAAAUUUGUAAGGCUCAGCAAUUUUCUAUGAGAGCCCAGCCUAAUGUUUUGACCUGCACUGCUGCAAAACACACACUCCAUUAACACUGUCCCUUAUUCCUGUAUAUAUAAAUACUUUAUUUAUUAACACCAUUGGUCAUUUUAAACAAAAAACAAAACAAAAAAAAGCCUGCAUUAUGAAGAACAGCAGAAAUGCAGAUUUAUUAUUUUUUUUUAACGGUUUGAACCAGACUGGGGGAAGAAAAAAAAUCUGAGACCUUAUUUAAAUGUAUUGGAUUUUUUUAUCUACAGGUGCUACAGCCCGUUACUUCCUGUCUCGGCGCUCUGUCAUGUCUUGUGUAUUCAGUUUUUGGUUUGUUUCUCUCUCUCUCUCUGUCUCUCUCUUUUUUUUUUUUCUUUUUGUACAGAAUUUGGAGAUUUACAGGUAUAGAGGAUUUCCAGAUGCAGCACAUUUUUUAUUUUAUCUAUAAUUUUUUCCACCGUUACUUUUCUCGCUCUCUCUCUUUUAUAGAACACUUUUUAAAAUCCCAUUUGAGGGAAACCCCGGUUCUAUUAAUAUACGCUUUGUAAUCCGAGGGGCAGAAAUUUAUUGUAAAUUUCUUCAUUUUUAAACUUUUUAUUGUAAAGAAAAAAAAAAUAUACGGAGUUUAACAGAA